CCACCAGCCGCCAUUACAGCCAGAAGAAGAGGAAGUUUUAGCGGCUUGUUCAGGUCCAACACCAGAGUUCUGCAGAAACCCAGAUACUGUGACCCGGUUCGGUUCGCAGGGAGAGAGACCGGGACCGGUUCUGCACAGACCCAGAUCCUCCAGGCCGGUUCGGACCCAGAUCCUCCAGGCCGGUUCGGCGGGUCCUGGAGGCGGAGAUGGACUCCCUGCAGGAGUUCCUGGACCGGUUCGGACCCAGCAGCGAGGCGGAGUCCAUAUGGCUGAAGAACUUCUUCACCUUUGUCCAGGAACACCUGAGUGCUGCUGCCUGUGGCUCCGCCCCCUCUGCUGCUCACCAAUCACCAGCAGGUGCAUCAUGUGACCACAGGGUGGAGCAGCUGAGCGUGAGCGCGGUGGAGAAGAUCCAGGAGAAGAGCUGCCUCACCUGUGGCCUACCUGUCAGCUACAGACCUCUGAGCGUCUCUGAGCUGCUCUCCCAGCAGCACCUGGCCUGUGUCAGCAACCUGUCCUGGAGCACCAAUCAGCAUCGAGCCUGGCUCAGGGAGGCGGAGCUUAGUCUGCCGGGUCAAAGGGCGCUGCCCAGGGUCAACCUGCUGCUGAUUGGCUGGCUUAGAGAGGGGCGGGGCGGAGAGUGGAGGUUGAUGGAUGACAGCGGCAACGUCAGAUGUGAGAUGGUCUGUCCGUCUCCCCUGUGGAUGAACAGACCAGUCUUCCUGCCUCACUGGAACUACAUCCCCCAUGAUGCCUUGGGGCAGGACCAGGACAGAGGAUACUUGGAGGUGAUUGGUUCUCCGGUCCUGCUGUGUCCUAGAGCUGAGCAGGGAUUGGCUGCAAGUGUAGGAGGGGCGGGGCUUGAUGGAGCGGUGAGCGUCCGAGAGGCUGCAGGUGUGCUGAGGAACAGGGUCAGAGGUCAGCGGGUGUCGGUGUGGGGUCAGGUGGACUCAGUCUGCCCCCUGCUGGACGUGUCAGGAAGUUCCUUCUUCUUCUUCUCUCUGAGGGACGACGACCACACGGUUCCUGUUCUGGUGAAGGACAUCAGGCUGUGGUGGUCCAGGUGUGUGUGUGUGGGUCUCAGCGUGUGUGUUACGGCUCUCAGAGUGUGUUCACUCAGAGGAUGGAGAGGAAACAACGUGCUGACUGUUACCCACCGCUCUCAGUUACACACCGGAUACACACAGCAACACAAUAUACAGCUACACAACACACACACACACCCUGACAACACACAGCCUGACAACACACAGCAACACACAGAGCAACACUCUGACAGCACACAUGAAGCAGAGCCAGUCCCACUCACUCCUGCUGACCACGCCCACUCUGACCACCACCUGCUGAUGGACCAUGAGGGGGCGGAGCCUGAGGAGGCGGGGCCUGAGGGGGCGGAGCAUGAGGAGGAUCCUGUCCAACCAGCAGUGAGGAUCAAACAGUCCAGAGUCAUCAGUUACCAGGGCGUAGUGACGGAGGUGGUGAGUGAGGGGGCGGGGCUCUACCUGAUGGACAGGAAGGUGGGUCUGUGUCUGGCCUAUCAGCCGCCAGAGAGGAGGAGGCUGAGAGCAGGAGACCAGGUGGAGCUGCACCACGUCCACUUCCUGUACCGGCCGUGUCCAGACCUGCCUCCCAGCAUGCUUUGCUGCUGUCUUCGCUCCUCCCUCAGGGUGACGGCGUUCAGCAGGGUGGGCGGAGCCUCUGAAGACCCCAGGUGUCCUGCAGACGGCGUGUUGCCACGGUUACUGCUGCAGCACAUCAGAGGGAUGGACCAGUACCUGUGGACCUGCCACCUGACCUCCCAGCUGGCCCACAGUCUGGUCCCUGUGGAGCUACACCACCAUCCUCCUCCUCCUCCUCCUCCUCUUCCUCAGUGUGUGUGCUUGCUGUCCUGGAAGCUGUCAGAGACUCUGUGGACAAGGAGACAACCUGGACCCAGAGACAUCUACUCAGAGAUGCUGGACCACCCUCACCGCUGUCCUCUGAACCAGUACCAGGUGGACCCCUCUGUCCCUCAGCUCCUCAGUGUCUCAGACCUUCUCCAGUCCCUCAGGUCCUCCUGCUGGUCCUCAGUCUCCCUGAGGUCUCUGCUGCCCCAGGACGGAUCCAGUCUCAGCAGGUCUGAGGUGAACUCGUCUCUGUCCUGGUCCUGCAGGACGCUGUCCUCUGAUCCUCAGACAGGAGACAGCCUCAGGCCCCGCCCCCUGCUCCUGGUGGGAGUCCUCCAGCUGCCCUCUGAGAGGUCAGAGUUCAGACAGACUCUGCAGCUCAGAGACGCUACAGCAGCCGUGGGCUGCGUCGUCACGGAAACCACGGAGGAUGGAGGUCAGAGGGCGUCCUUCAACACGGCCUGGAUCGGUUGUCUGGUGUGUGUGCGCCGGUUCUCCAUGGUAACAGAGAGGUUCCUCCAAUCAGAGUUCCCCUCCUACCAACACCUGGACCAGGACCGCUUCAUCACCCACAGAACCUGCAGGGUUUACCUGCAGUUCUGCCUGGACCACCUGGUCAUCCUGAGCCCCUCUGCUACCAUGGCUGCACACCUGAGGAGGCAGGGGGAGGAGUCAGGAGAAGAGGCUCAGAGAGGAGAGGAGGAGGAGGAGGAUGAUGAUGAUGAUGAUGGUGAUGAUGAUGGGAUGAAGAAAAGAAGACGGGAUGAAGAGGUCUCCUCCUCUGUUACCAUUGCUACACAUCUGAGGAGGCAGGGGGAGGAGUCAGGAGGAGAGGAGGAGGAGGAUGAUGAUGAUGGGAUGAAGAAAAGAAGAAGGGAUGAAGAUGUCUUCUCCUGUGUUACCAUGACAACGGUACCUGGGGGCGGGGCCUCCCAUGCCUGUGUCUCCAUGGUGAUUAAAGUGAGGAGUAAAGGAGGCGUGGCCUGGAGUAAUGCUGGGAUUAGGACCAAUGAUGGCAGGGAGGCGGGGCUAGAGCUGGGUUUCUCCGUCACAGCUCUUGUGAUUGGCCCAGUGUUCAGCUGGGGGCGGGACCCGAAGAACCAGCCAAUGACAGAGAAAGAGGCAGAGCCAGAGAGGGAAGUGGAGGUGCUGCUGCUGUUCUCAGGUGGUUCUGCUCGCUGGUUCCCCGUCCUCCAGCCUGGAUGUUUCUACAGAGUCACAGCAGCCAACGCUCAGGAUCCCAGCGUUCUGAUUGGUUGUAGAGUCCGUGGGCAGAGUGGGGUGGAGGUCCACUCUGACUCCACCAUUCAGGUUGGAUCUGAUUGGAGGUUUCACACUCUGACACGCCCCCUGCUGCUGCGCCACACCUGGACUCAGACUCCUCCCCCUUCAGUCCUGUCUGUGUCUCAGGUGUUGGACUGCAGCUCAGAGGUGGUGACCUUCCAGGGCCUGAUCUCUGAGAGACGCUCUUUGAUGGACGGGAAGGGUCAGAGUAAAGACAGAUAUUCAGGUGUUCGUCUGACUGUGUGUGACCAAAGUGGGCGGAGUCUAUGUGUCUACCUGGAUUUAAGUCACGCCCCCUACCCACCUGGUCUGUUGCCAGGUAACCAGGUGCUGCUGUCAGGCUUGCUCAGAAAACUGUCCAGGUCAGGAGGCGUGUACUGCUCCCUCUCACCUGUCAGCUGUGUCACGGUGACAGCACUGGGUGACUCCUGCAGGUUGUCCCCGCCCCCUCCAUCUCCCAGCAUGCACCUGGCUCAAUGGGCUGCCAGCAGGUGUGUUCAGGGUCAGGUCAGAGGUCACGUGGUGGGCUUCCUGUUCCUGCAGCUGCAGUGGAGCUGCUCCCUCUGUGGGAGUGUCUACAGACAGGUCUGCAGCUCUCAGUGUGGAUCCUCCUCAGCUGUGUUCCAGUCCUCAGCAAAGCUGGUGAUUGACGACGCCACGGCGGAGGCUCACGUCUGGUUGUCAGGGAAACCGGUUCAGACUGUGCUGGGAUUGGCUGAUUCUCAGUGGGAGGGGCUCCAGAGAGCACUGAGGGUCAGAGGUCACAUCAGGGUGUUCCCUCGGGGGCGGAGCCUGGGGACUGAAGGAGACUCUGAGGACGUCCUCCUCCACUUCCUGUUGUCCCUCUGCAGCAGUGAUGUCAUCAGUCAGCAGGUCUCCCUCACCUGCAGGAAGCUGGCCAAUCAGAGCUCAGAAGAGGUGAGACGCUUCAGCCGAGGAGACAGAGACUUCCUGACCAGAAUGCCCCGCCCACUGCAGCUCACCUGUGUUUACCUGGAGACCCCCUGAAGACUCAUGAUAACAGCUGUUAAACCUCCUGUUCGCUGUCUUUGAAACAUAAUAAAUGUUAUCAUUGAAUAAAUGUUAAUGACCCAGAUUUCAGUA